AUGACUUCCACCAAGGCGCUCUGUCUUGGCUACGAUGGUGUUCACCCUUUCUCCAAGGUGGAAAUUAAGGACCGCUCUUCAGUCCAAGAGCUCCUUCGCACUGUUCUCGACCCCUUAGGACCUUUCUUCUCACCCGAAAAGGCUCGUGUCAAGUGUCCGGGUGCAACAGCAGUCCGCUUCGAUCAAACUGCCUCCGAGGUUGAAGGCAUAUGCCGCCCGCUCUGGGGCCUGGCCGCUUUGUUGGCAGGUGGCGGUGAUUACGAUGGCAAGGAAUGGUGGAUUCAGGGCAUCAAGUCAGGAACCGACCCAGAAAGUCCCGAAUAUUGGGGAUACCCUCAAGAUAAUGAUCAGAGAAUGGUUGAAAUGUGCCCCCUCGGUUGGGCGCUGGCUGUGGCCCCCGACUUCUGGAGUAACUUGUCAGAUAAGGAGAAGGGCAAUGUCGAGGCUUGGCUUGGAAACUCAAUUAAUGAGAAGAACAUGCCCAACACCAACUGGCUUUGGUUUCGAGUUUUUGCCAACCUCGGUCUGAAGAAAAAUGGCGGCAAAUUCUCCCAAGAGAGACUCGACAGCGACAUUGAACACCUCGAGACCUUUUAUCGUGGAGGGGGUUGGUCGAACGAUGGACCAGAAGGAAUCCACCAAAUGGACUACUACUCUUCCAGUUUUGCGAUUCAACUACUACAGCUCCUAUACGCCAAGUUGGCAGGAGACGAAGACCCGAAGCGUGCUGAUGAAUUCAAGCGACGUGCACAACAGGUUGCUCUGGACCUGAUCCAUUACUUCGAUGAUGAAGGCAGGGCCAUUCCGUAUGGCCGAAGUGUAGGCUACCGCUUCGCCAUGGUCUCCUUCUGGGGAGCAUUGGCUCAUGCUGAUGUCGAGCUACCUGCACCUUUGACAUGGGGCAUGGUUAAAGGAGUGGUUUUCAGACAUUUGCGCUGGUGGCAGACCCAGAAUGAUAUCUGGACAUCAAGCGGAACGCUAUCGAUUGGGUACUCGUACCCAAAUAUGUAUAUGGCGGAGAACUAUAACAGUCCAGGAAGUCCGUAUUGGGCCUGUCUCGCAUUCAUGUGUCUAGCUACACCGGAAGACCACCCCUUCUGGACAUCCGAGGAAGGAUCAGCGAGUGGAGUGAUCCCAAAAGUAAAAGCCUUGAAUCAACCGGGACACAUUAUGAGCUACCUCGGAGGCCACUGCAUGCUACUCUCAUCAGGACAGGCCUGCAGCUACCCAAUGAAAGGAACGCAUGCCAAGUAUGGCGGAUUCGCUUACAGCAGUGCCUACGGAUACUCAGUACCCCCUGGACUCUUUUCUCUGGAGCAAUACGCACUGGCGUCGCAGCUUGGUCUGUCGGAUGAUGGGGGCGAGUAUUGGAAAACUCGAAGACUCUGCGAGUACGCGGGGAUUGAAGACCGUGAAGGCGCCCCUGUUCUCGUCUCGGUCUGGAAGCCGUUUUCGGAUGUCACAAUCCGCACAAUUCUGGUUCCUCCUGUGGAGAAGACCCCAAACUGGCACCUUCGAGUUCACCAUAUCAAGAGCGCUCGCGAAGUCAUGACAGCAGACGGCUCCUUUGCCAUUUGCAAUGUCAAUACGACUAACGGACGAUAUCUAGGCCCUUACGACAAAGAAAAACACGAGGGAACAUCACCCAAGAUCAUUGGGAAUUAUGACUUGAACACCCCCGACGGCUGGACAAGUGGAAAGUUGGGGGCUUUUGCAGUGUCUAAAGGCGCUGUAGGGAUCAAAGCUCUGGAACCGACCCAAGGCCGCCAAGCCAUGUUGGUCAACGCAGACCCGAACUCGAAUCUCAUCGAGAGUCGAAGCACAAUUCCAACUUUACAACAUACAAUCAAAGCUGGUGAGUCAGUAUGGUAUGUGUCUGCUAUAUAUGCCAAGCCCUCGGGGGUUGGGGUGAGCCAAGAAAGCUAUCUCGAUGGAUGGGACAAGACCCCAGACGUACCAGGUUGGCUAGAGAAGGAGAUGAGUGCUUAA